AUGAACUGGCUGUUCCCGCUCGCCAAGGGCGGCGCCGCCCCCGCCUCUGCCGCGCCGCCCGCGCGCACCGGCCUCCAGCAGCAGCGGCAGCGCCAGGUCGAGUCCCUGCGCGCCGCGCACGCCUCCAUUGCAGAAAUACAGAAAGAUGUGGAAUAUCGAUUGCCAUUCACUGUAAACAACUUGACAAUUAACAUUAACAUUUUGCUUCCACCUCAGUUUCCUCAGGAAAAGCCAGUCAUCAGUGUUUUCCCACCUGUGAGACAUCAUUUAAUGGACAAGCAGGGGGUAUAUGUGACCGGUCCAUUAAUAAGUAAUUUUACAAUGCAUUCAGAUCUUGGAAAAAUUAUUCAGAGUUUACUGGAUGAGUUUUGGAAGAAUCCUCCGGUUCUAGCUCCUAGCUCAACGUCAUUUCCAUACCUUUACAACAAACCAGCUGGAAUGCCUCCUUUUGCUCCUCAGGGGUUUCCAUUUCUCCCUCCAUAUCCACCUCAAGAAACAAACAGAACAAUGGCACCCAUGCCCGUUUCUGAAUCAGUUUCUUCAAGCUACACUACAGACAAGCCUGCUGCUCCCUCCUAUGGCUUGAUUGCUGAUCUGCCGCUGCCUGUCCCCACAGCAGAGGCGGUGCUGCAGGUUGGCCAGAAUGGAUUUACAUACAAGAUGCCUGAUAUUCCUGAUACCUUUCCAGAGCUCUCAGAACUAAGUAUAUCACAGCUGACCAGUAUGAAUGAGCAAGAGGAGGUGUUACUGGAACAGUUUGUGACUCUUCCACAGCUGAAGCAAGUCAUUACUGACAGAGAUGAGUUAGUGAAAAGCAUUGAAGAGCUGGCAAAAAAAAACCUGUUGCUGGAGCCUAGUCUUGAAGCAAAAAGACAGACAGUGUUGGAUAAAUAUGAGCAACUCACGCAAAUGAAAGCAGCCUUUGAAAAAAAGAUGCAAAGACAGCAUGAGCUUAGUGAGAGUUGCAGUCCAAGUGCUCUGCAGGCCAGACUUAAAGUAGCUGCUCAUGAAGCUGAAGAGGAGUCUGAUACUAUUGCAGAAGACUUCUUGGAAGGCAAAACAGAGAUAGAUGACUUUCUUAGCAGUUUCAUGGAAAAGAGAACGCUCUGCCACUGCAGACGAGCCAAAGAGGAGAAACUUCAACAGGCAAUAGCAAUGCACAGCCAAUUUCAUGCUCCACUAUAGACUUCCUGCAAACUACACCUGCCAAGAGAACGAAUGAAAACCCCAAUAAAGCACACUUUUUAAUAACUAUUAUUUGCAAAUAAGCAUUUCAUCUUAUCUGGUUGUAUUUAUAGAAGAGAUUGUAUACAGAGUUGGGAUGGUUUUUGUACAAAUUAGAAUGUCUCUUUAUAUUCUCAUUGUACUCAAGAAUCCUUCUAUUACAAUCUUUGCAUUAAUUUCUUGUAUUUAUUGUUGAUAGUUAUAAUAUUUAAGUUCCCUGCUGCUAUACUCCAUUGUUCAGAGAUUAAAUAUCUAAACAUGUAAUUUUGACUAGCUUUUUACAUUUUUAUAAAAACAUAAUUCAUAUCUUUUGUAUUUUGAAUUUUAACCAUAGAUUUGGCUUAAUCUGUGGAAGACUUUAAGUGAUAGGACUCUGGAAACUAAAAAAAUUCUUAAUGGAGAUUGCCACUGGAUUCACAAGCUGUCUUUUCUUGAAGCCAAAAUAUUAAAGAACAAAUUUUUUUACUUCUAAGUAAUAAUAGAAAACUAAGUAUAGCUUGUAUUGUGUUUUGGAUGAGUAGAUUGGGGAUUAAGCAAAGGAUGUGUUGGAAAAAAAUUAUACUGGAAUCAAAAUAGAAUAAAUGAUACCUGCAUAGAUUUGUUAUGUUGCUUAGUAGCACUGAUGCACUGAUUUCAAGAGUGGUUUGGUACCUACCACUAAUUAAACACAAUUUUCAUCUAACAAGUGAGGUUCAUUUUCUUUUUUUUUGUUCAUAAAGGAAUAAUAAGCAGGUCACCUUCUUGUUUCUGUUUUGUGCAAUAUAAAUAAGUUCAUCAUGUGAGGAACUCAGAAACGGUUUACAAAAACUACUUCUGAAGUUCUUUGGAAAACAGUUAUUUUUUACUAACGUAAAGAAACUAAUUUGGUUGUAGUUGU